AUUGAUAAAUUAAGAAUAUUCAAAGUAAAAAUCAAAGACAAUUGCAUAGAGAGUUUCAUUUGGCACAAAAAUAGUGAAAAUUUCAAUGCAUAGAAGCCCGAUUCCAUGGUUAGAUCCUAUUCACUCGCUCUCUUCUUCCUUUCCAUUCCAAUUCUUGCUAUCACACACACAAACACAACAAUGAUACACAAAAUUGCAUAAUCUUUUUUUUUUUUGUUUUCUUCUUCAUGUUCUUUGUUUACCUUUAAGGAACAGGUGAAUAUUAGGUUUGUGCAUUGUCAUUGUCACAAUUAGAUUUAUUGAAUAAAAAAAUUAUACUUUUGGUUACCCUUUAUCCUUAGCCAAAAUGGGUUUUCAAUAUAAUUUUAAAAUGUUAUUUAUGUAGUUAGUUAUUCAUUCAAUACAUCUAAGGUUUAGUUAUUCUUUUAAUAAACCUUGUAAUUAUAUGUGUUGGAUUAUUUAAUUUAAUACCUUUGAUAAUUGUCUUUGUACAUUUUCUCUAAAGUCAUUGAAAAAGUGAAUCAUUUCAUGUUUGUGAAGUGAUUAUAUCAAAUAGAGAAGUGUUGAAAAUUAGUGUUUUUGAGUUGUGAGUACUAACUAUGACAAUGGUUGAAAGGAAUGUGAAUUCUUUCAAACUUAUUUCUAAAAAACCAUUGUUUUUCUUCUUUUCAAUGACAUCAAUAAUGUUCCUCAUGUCGUGGCUCUUCGUUUUCCGAUCCACGAGUCGUCCUCAUUUCAUCUAUCACAAUUUGUUGCCCAACUCAAAGCUUUUCUCAAAACCUGAAGAUUCAAAGUUUCAUACAAAAAUCCCGAACGUUGAGUCCUCGUUCGGGAACCGAGCAAUACUCGUUGACAACGAAGAUGGUGAAGAUGGUGAAGAUGAAAGUGAAACAAAGAAUUCCAAUGAUGGUGGAAAAUGUAGUAAUAGAAAUGAUGAUUUUCUUCUAAAAGUUUUCAUGUAUGAUUUACCAUCAGAAUUUCAUUUUGGAUUAUUGAAUUGGAAACCAAGUGGAAAUAGUGUGUGGCCUAAUGUUAGAACAACAAUACCUGGUUACCCUGGUGGUUUGAAUUUGCAACAUAGUAUAGAAUUUUGGCUAACAUUAGAUAUUCUUGCAUCCGAGAUUCCGAAUGCUCCUAAGGCGAAGACCGUAAUUCGAGUUAGAAACUCUAGCGAAGCGGAUAUUAUAUUUGUGCCAUUCUUUUCAUCGUUGAGUUAUAACCGAAACUCGAAACCUACUCCAAAUGAAAAGAAGACAAGGAACAUGAUACUUCAAGAGAAGUUAGUGAAGUAUUUGACAUCUCAAGAGGAAUGGAAAAGAUCAAAGGGAAAAGAUCAUUUGAUUAUAGCACAUCAUCCUAAUAGUAUGUUGGAUGCAAGAAUGAAAUUAUGGCCAGCUACAUUUAUACUUUCAGAUUUUGGAAGAUAUCCUUCAAGUAUAGCAAAUGUUGAAAAAGAUGUGAUUGCACCUUAUAAGCAUUUAAUCCCUUCUUAUGUCAAUGAUAACUCCAACUUUGAUAGCCGUACAACAUUGUUGUACUUCCAAGGAGCAAUUUAUAGAAAAGAUGGAGGUUAUGUAAGGCAAGAGCUAUAUUAUUCUUUGAAAAAUGAAAAGGAUGUACAUUUUUCAUUUGGAAGCAUUCAAAAAGACGGAAUAAAAAAAGCAACCGAAGGCAUGCGUUCAUCAAAAUUCUGCCUCAACAUAGCAGGUGACACACCUUCAUCAAACCGUUUGUUCGAUGCAAUUGCUAGUCAUUGUGUCCCCGUGAUCAUCAGUGAUGCAAUCGAGCUACCAUUUGAGGAUGUCCUUGACUACUCCGAGUUCUGCAUAUUCGUUCGAACCAUCGAUGCUGUCGAGGAAAAUUAUCUCAUUAAUUUCAUCAGGAGUAUAGGCAAAGAAGAGUGGACAAAAAUGUGGAACAAGUUGAAAGAGGUUGAACAUUUUUUUGAAUUUAAUUUCCCAUCUAAGGAAGGUGAUGCUGUACAAAUGAUUUGGCAAGCUGUUUCACAUAAGGUUCCACCUUUGAAAUUGAAGUUAAAUAGGUUUAGGAGGUACUCUAGGUCUCCUCCAAGUAUAGAGAAAGAACUUAAAAUACCUUUACCUAAAAACUUUUGGUGAUGAAGAUUAACUAGGUAGCAUUUGAUAGAAAUGAAGUGUAUCAUUUUCUUGUCUUUCA